GAUAUGUAUUACGAUUAACACAACCAUGGUUUGGUAGUGGACGAACAAUAAUAGGUGAUAGUUGGUUUGGUUCUCCAAAACUUUGCAUAUUAUUAAUGGAAAAUGGAUUAUAUGGUAUUUUUCACGUUAAAAAAAGGCGUGCAUGGCCUAUUAAUUACCCUGAUGAUAUGGUUCAUAAACUUAAUAGUGCAUACGGAUCAUAUAUAUCAAAAGUUGCAACUAUUAAUAAUAUUCAAUUAAUGGCAGCUUCUUUAAGAGAUAGAAAACCACAAUGUAUAAUUGCAACAGCAUCAACAACUGCUAAUGCAGAUGAAGUCAGAUAUGUAGUUAAAAAUAAUACUAGUUCAGAAAUUGUUAAAUUUACAAGACCAAAAGUGUUUUAUGAAUAUUCACAAGCAAAAGGAGCCGUUGAUAUUAAUAAUCAGGUAUGCUAA